AUGGAUUUGGUUGUGAAUAAAGAAGAUUCCAUCAAAAAUAGCACGAAUGAAAAUUGGAUUGAUUCAUCGACACUGCAAUCUCAGUCUGAAGUAAUAAUUCCUAAUCAUGAGCUAAACCUUUCUGGUUUAUGCUUUCUUAUCAUUCCAGCUGUUACCUUGUUUGGUAAUAUGAUGGUUAUUAUUGCUGUACUCCGAUUUAAAUUACUUCAUUCUGCCAUUAAUUUUUUAAUUUUUGGUUUAGCUGUCGCUGACUUUUUAGUUGGUCUUUUUGUCAUGCCUUAUGCUGUUUACGUUCACGUUCAAGGUGGUUAUUGGUAUCUUGGAUCUUUGAUGUGUGAUAUUUAUUCAGCAAGUGAUGUUGCUUGUAGUACAGCAUCCAUACUUUUACUUACUGUCAUUAGUUUUGACAGAUAUCGAGCGGUUACGCAUCCUAUUACUUACUCACUCCAAUCACACAAUACAAAACGGGUCAUUUUUAUUAUGAUUAUUAUUUGGGUUAUUUCACUCUCACUUGCUAGUCCAAUUGUACUUGGAGUGAAUAUUCGGCCACCUGAUGCUGAUCCAUAUGAAUGUCGUCUUUAUAAUCCAAUAUUUUCCAUAUUUUCAUCAGUUAUUAGCUUUCUAAUACCGUGUUUUAUCGUUCUAUUCGUUUAUAUUAGGUCUAUAUUUAAAUUUUUUUAUAUAUAA